AGAUAAUAGAGACAUAUUCCUCUCCUGACUGCCCUUGCCUAAUAUAGACCUCCCAUGAAAACUAAGAAAGGGAAGGCGGACUCCAUGCACGUGCAUGACUUAUUUCCCCAUAUAUGGGCAAAACACCACCUUCUACCUACCUUACCUACCUUAUCUAUCUAGGUAUGCAAGGUACCUUACCUAACUCAUCUUCCUUCAGCACCUCCACCUUUCUCGGUUCUUAAUUCUCUCUCUCUUCCGUGGAUUACGCUUUCGUCUACUUCCUUUCUUCUCUACACCUGCCGGGAAACGAAAGAUUAUUAUUUUCUUCUCAGUUCUCUAUUCCCAUCUUCCGAAAGACGUCUCCUAAAUACUCUCGCGAUGGAUAUCAGUAACCUCGAGCUGCAACCCCAGGUUCUUGGCACAAUGUCCCAACCUGUCAGCCCCGCCAUCAUCGCCAUUGUCGACAACAUCCUCAACAUGCAGUUCAAUCCGUUCCAGAAUGUCGUCGUGGUCAAGCGCUCUGAAUAUGACAUGCUUCAGGAAGGGGGUCGAGCUUGGCUUGCGGAGCAUCUCAGCCAUACUCUCGAGAAAGAUGUCAUUUGGGUUCAGGAUGGCACUACGGCCAUGGAGCGAUACUUUGUGGGGCCUAUCGAAGAAUUCAUCAGUGACAAUCGCAUGCUCAUCAACAUUGAUGGGCGAGCCGUCCUUGUCGAGCGCCCUACCGGCAAGGGCAUUCUUGAUAAAAUACGUGGCGACGACAAGUCAAAGCGCAAACCUCAGAAGAUUUCCCGUCCCCCAAAUGCCUAUAUCCUGUACCGAAAGGAUCAUCAUCAAAUGAUCAAGGCGGCUCAUCCUUCGUACACGAACAACGACAUUUCGAAAGUUCUGGGGAGCGCAUGGAAGAAUGAGAGUGAAGAGGUCCGCGAGAAGUAUCACCGCAUGGCAAACGAAAUCAAGCAAGAUCUCAUGCGCGCGCAUCCGGAAUACAGAUACACUCCUCGGCGUCCGCACGAACGUCGCCGACGUGCUCGUCGCAUCCAGACUAGCAAUACCUGAGGCCAAUAGCCAUUGUUCCAUGAUCAGCGGUUCUAGAUCUAAGUCGUAAUUGUUCUUGCACCGUCCUCCUCGGUUGGCACGCUUGGUUCUCGCCGAGAAGAAGGCACACCAUAGACACAGGAAGGAAUCGGUGCCGUUUUGGGUUGGAUGUGUUCACAGAAGAGAAAGUAGCUUAGGGUAAGUUAUAGAGUCUCACAGAGAAGCGAAUGAGCGAAGGGAAAUACUACAGCAACUUGCACAAUGCUAAGACUCUGUUUCGCCG